AUGAGGGAGAAUGCGCCUCCUUUCAGCAUCAUGAAGUAUAUCUGGUAUGAGCUGCAGCAGAUCAUCCUGGAUGCCUCCCGUGGACUUGCAUAUGCUCCAUACCUACAUCUGAUGAUUGAGACAGUCACUGGUCUACGUUUUGUAGCUGACUGUGCUCACCGCAGUUACAAGCCCAUUCUCCCUAAAAAAGUGCUCUCUGCUAUCUUUGAGAUAUGCAAGAAGACAACAGUGAAAGUAAAAUCCAACGAAAGAAAGAUCAAUCAGCUUCCACGUGAGUCUGGGCAUAAGAUUCCCUCUGAGUCCGAGGAUGAGGUCUACGAGGAUCCCUUUGCUGCCUAUGAGGCUGCCCGUACCAUCGUCCGUGACGUCGGCGCAUCCUCUUCUUGCCCUGCUCCUAUUGAUAGUGAUGUCGACACCGAGGAGGAGGAGUACGUUGAGGAGGACGACGAGGAGUCCGAGGUGCCUGCAGCGGAGUCCCCAGAGGAGGCCGAGUCUGAUGAUGGCGAGGCAGCAGACGAUGAGGAGGGAGACGCACAGGCUGAGGGGGAGCCAGAAGCAGGCAGAACAGCUGCCAGAAUGAAAGAAACAGCUCAGCCAGAAGUAUCUGCAGAGGCGGAGGCCACUGAGAGUGAUGGGAUUCAGACAGAGGAUGACACUGCGAGCAUCGCCUCUGGCGCCACUGAGAUUGUCCCAUCAG